AUGGAAGAUCAAGAUUCGGAUGAUGAGAAUGCAAAUGAAACGGCAACAGCAACAGUUAUAUGUCAUGGAUCCGUCAUAGAAAGAGGAAGAAAAUGGCGAAUUGAUGUUUCAAAUGAAUCUAACCGAUUAAAUAUUCCGCAGGGUACCCAGGCAUUUCGUGUUAGCAUCGAAGAUAGUAUAUUAAUGAAAAACACCAGGAAUAUCCUCAAAGUUCUUGAGAAAAGGUCUUCAAAACACAAAGUUAAAAUCACGGAACAAGAACUUAUCAAUCAUCUUUUAAGAUUACUGGAUGUUAAUAGGAAUUGUUCGUUUUUGAUACCGAAACCAUAUGGUAGUUAUGAAUUAGAUGGUAGUUAUUGUCUCAGUGAUGGAAUCAUAGAGCAGACCGAAAUUGGUACUUACGUCGAGCCAUUUCUGGAAGCACAUGCUCAACUCAUAGCAUUGAUAGCUUUUAGUCAGAAAGACCAGGUUAAUUCGCAGGUUGAACAAGUUCUUCAGGAAUUCGUUCUGGAUUUUUUAAGUAGACACACCCGAGCUGUUGGAGAACUUUACUAUAACGAUAUGUUAAACUUACGUACUCUUUUGCAUUCAAUUCGUAAUGAACUCCUACAACUUUCUGUCGUGUAUAAUAGCUUGUCAGUGAUUCUCAACACUGAUAUUUGGAAUUAUGGAACUGUCGAUUGCUUUCUGGAUCGUUUUCUCUCCACUACUCUUUAUGCAGAGUUGAGGCCGCAUUCUGUGAAAGAAAUUGUUGGACGACUACAGCAAGCUGUUCUAGCAGUUUUUGGACGGUAUUUUGAUCGCUUAUUCAGUACAGGUGAAAUUGAUCCCGUGCUUGAAAAUGAAUUCAUUUUCCAGAGUGUGAAAGAUAAUGCACUAAUUCAAACAAGGAGGACGCGUUGUUUAUUUUGGUCUAAACCUCUAAUCAAAUAUGUAGAAAAUGGUGCUUUGAAUGCUCGUCGUUUACGCACUGGCAACUGUGAUUAUGAAGCACCUAAUAAAUUUUCGGUUUACUUGAGAGAAGCUCUACGACUGAAAGAUGAUUGUUGCUUUAUUACCGCACAAAAAAUUAUUCGAAGCAUAGAAUAUGCAUGUGAGAGAUGCGCAAAAAAUAAUUCCUCUCUUCUUUUUCGCUCUGUUUUAGAAAACGAUACAUUGUCCCAAAUCUUGAAAGAGAUGGAGUCAGUUUAUACGGGUUUUGCGGUGCGUGAAAUGGCAUUUGAUUUAUUUGGAGCAACGCGCAGUUCGCAGCACUGCAGUAUAGUAUUGUCGUUUCAGAAUAGUUUACAGCUUUCUGGUUUUCCACCUGAAAUUUGCGAAAGGUGGACUAUUCGGUGUGAUAGUGGUCUUUUGGAUGAUCUAGUAAUAAAACCACAGCUUUCCUGGCCAAUGUAUUAUUUGAUAGAGGAAAAGCUUGUUUCCACCCUUAAUCUGUGUCUUCGUUUCUUGUUACGAUUGUUGCAAGCGCAAGAGGCUUUGUCAGCAGUUCGAAUAGAUUUAGCUGUAACGAAGGAACUUCAUAUUAGUCGACAAAGACUAAAUCAUCUGAUAUGUUUCAUCGCACAACCAUUAACUGCAAUAUCAGAAAUUUUUUUCACUCAUCUGCAAGCUAUGUUGACGAAGAAAUUUGCAUUGGUAGCGCGAUCGAAAACUCUGGAAGAAGCACAACACAUUCUGAAAGACCUGAAUAUGCAUCUUACCAAUUUAAUAACAAGAAGUGGUUCCCGUGCUUUGAUUCACGAUGCUAUAACAAAACUAUGCGACCGAGCAGUAGAGGUUGAAUUACGUUUGCGAAUAGAUGUCUUUAGUUUACACGACCUUGAAGAAAUGUUAAAAGUUGUGAAACGAGAAAAAGAUUUACUACUUGGUCUGGGUCGUUCGAUGCAUGGUACCAUAUUCACUUUACUUCAACCUCUGCUCACCUAACGGUUAUUUGUUCCAAACUGUCUUUAUUAAAUACGGGUUUUUUUU